AUGAAUGAGUGUCACUAUGACAAACGGAUGGAGUUCUUCUACAACAGGAGCAACACGGACACUGUCGACGAGUGGACGGGGACAAAGCUUCUGAUCGUCCUGUGUGUCGGGACAUUUUUCUGCCUCUUCAUAUUUUUCUCUAACUCCCUGGUCAUUGCAGCUGUGAUCACGAACAGGAAGUUCCACUUUCCCUUCUACUACCUGCUGGCUAACUUAGCUGCUGCGGACUUCUUCGCGGGCAUUGCCUAUGUGUUCCUGAUGUUCAACACGGGCCCAGUGUCGAAAACCUUGACUGUCAACCGCUGGUUUCUCCGCCAGGGGCUCCUGGACGCCAGCCUGACCGCCUCUCUGGCCAAUUUGCUGGUGAUAGCGGUGGAAAGGCACAUGUCAAUCAUGAGGAUGCGGGUGCACAGCAACUUGACCAAAAAGAGGGUGAUGCUGCUCAUCCUGUUGGUGUGGGCCAUUGCCAUCUUCAUGGGGGCGGUCCCCACCUUGGGCUGGAAUUGCCUCUGCAACAUCUCUGCCUGCUCUUCUCUGGCCCCCAUUUACAGCAGGAGUUACCUCAUUUUCUGGACCGUGUCAAACCUCCUGGCCUUCUUCAUCAUGGUGGUGGUAUAUGUGCGCAUUUACAUGUACGUCAAGAGGAAAACCAACGUGCUGUCUCCACACAUGAGUGGCUCCAUGAGCCGCCGAAGGGCUCCCAUGAAGCUAAUGAAGACGGUGAUGACUGUCUUAGGUGCCUUCGUGGUGUGCUGGACCCCAGGGCUGGUGGUGCUGCUGCUGGACGGCCUGAACUGCAAGCAAUGCGGCGUGCAGCACGUGAAGCGCUGGUUCCUGCUGCUGGCGCUGCUCAACUCGGUCAUGAACCCCAUCAUCUACUCGUACAAGGACGAGGACAUGUACAGCACCAUGAGAAAGAUGAUCUGCUGUGCCUCACAGGACAGCAACGCCGAGAGGCGCCCCUCCCGCAUCCCCUCCACCAUCCACAGCAGGAGUGACACAGGCAGCCAGUACCUGGAGGACAGCGUCGGCCAUGGCUCCUAA